AUGGAGGUAGGUCUCGGCAUACGCCGCCGAAUGAUGCAGGUUUACAUCGUCGGUCUAACGCUACUGGCUGUCACUUUGGCAUUCCCUUCAUCCACCAGUCAUCAAGCCCAUCAACGAGCGUUCCUCGGUUCCUCAAAGCUACAACCUCGCGGUGACAAGCCAUUCGCUUUGCGUGUUUUGCCUCUUGGCGCUUCAAUCACUACCGGUUAUAGGUCGGAGGAUGAAAAUGGAUACCGUAUAUAUCUACGCAAGCAGCUACGAUAUGCCGGAUGGGAAGUGAAUAUGGUUGGAUCCCGCAAGGAUGGAACCAUGAAGGAUCGUGACAACGAAGGUUGGGUCGGGAAGCGAAUUGAGGAGGUGGCCACAUAUGCUGAGAGAACUAUUCCGAAGGCUCCAAAUCUUAUUCUGAUCAACGCUGGCACGAAUGAUGCUUUGCAAAACUUCGACGUUCCUAACGCGGGAGUCCGGAUGAACCAGAUGCUCACUCGUCUGUACGAUACUAUUCCUGGAACAACCAUCAUUUUGUCGACACUUCUACCUAACAACAAUGAGAAAGCGCAAGCCAACUCGGUCAUAAUCAACGAACAAUACCGCAACAUCGUGGCUGCUCGCCAGAAGAACAAUGACCGUAUUGUUCUGGCUGAGAUGAGUGACUAUAUCAAACAUACAGAUCUUCUGCCCGAUGGAACUCAUCCAACCGGGCCUGGAUACGAGAAGAUGGCCUCGGUGUGGUGGGCUGCAAUCCAGGAAGCUGAGUCGAAAGAGCUUUUGCAAAAGCCUAAGGAUAUUGGGGAGAAUGACUGGGCCGAUACUACCUUUGAGAAAGAGUAUGGCAGUGGAAACAGUGGUGAUGGAAAGGUCCAGACUCAACGCGGCAGUGGCUGGGAUGAUGGUGACUAUAAGCAUAAUUCAGUGGCUAUGGGACAAAUUAUGCAAAUUGGUAUCACUGACAAGGAGGACGAUGUCCAUCCUGGUAUCCACUACGCUCAGCUGGUUAACCAGGGAGGUGCCCACCGUGAGGGAGCUUUGGAUGAGCUUGUCUGGACUCGGGACGGCAAAGGCACCUUCAUGUUCCCGAAUAACAACAACGGCAAAUUUGGCGCUCCAGUCGAAAUUGACGUCAAGGACGGUUGUCUUGCGCGAGGUGUACACUGGGGUGAUCUCAACAAUGAUGGACUGGAUGACUUCAUCUGCAUCAGCAGAGAAGGCGCCAUGUAUGUAUCAAUGAAUCUGGGCGGGAGCCCCCCUCAAUUCAAGUCCAUCGGUCUAGUCAGAGCUGCACCUGGCGGGGAUCUGGCCCAAACCAAUGUCCGACUCGGCGAUAUCGAUGGCGAUGGCCGUAUUGACUACUGUCUCGUCAAAGGAAACGGUGACAUUCAGUGCUGGAGAAAUGGAGGUCAAAAAGAUGCCCCGACAAAUGAGUUCGGUGGCUACUGGCAGGACUUGGGAAUAGUCUUCACUGGAAAAGGCAUGGGUGACAUUGAUGGUGUCCGUCUUGUCGAUAUCAAUGGAGACUUCCGUGCCGACUGGCUCUGGCUCGACGACGAAGGCAAGGUCACCACGUACAUCAACCAGCGUGGCACAGGAAAAGGCAGUCUGGCACCUGAUUGGCGUCGCAUUGGUAUCACUCAUGCAGGAAUGGGUGUCAAGGGCGCUAGAGAUCGGAUCAAAUUCGGCCAGAUUUGGCCAGGAGGUGGUGUCGACUAUUCCUGGAUUGAAUCUAUGGAAAAUAAGCCCACUUGGAAUCACUAUACCCACGUGUGGAAGAACGUCGGAAAAGGAGGGACUACUUUGAAGGGCGAUGGCGAUUUCUAUUGUGACUGGCGAGGCACCGGCGCAGAUGAUUAUAUCUGGAUAUCUCCUAAUGGUCGUGGCUUGCUCUACGGCAACGUUCACAAACCUCCGACUUGGGUCCCUGAGGGACCGCAAAUCUUCGACCUAGGCAGAGAACGUAAGGGUAUCCAUCUUGCGGAUUUUGAUGGUGACGGCAAGUGCGAUGUUUGGGCCGUCAACCGUGAAACUGGUGCCGCAGAGGUGUGGAUCAACCACUGGAACGAGGAGAUUGGCAGUGGCUUUUUGGACUACAAGGGAUUUGUUACUGGGGACGUCAGAUGUACCGAAGGAUGGGGAGUUGGGCUCUUUGACAUCGGUGUGAGCAUGGCUGAUCUCGAUGGUGACGGGCGUGCAGACUACCUGUGCAUGGAACCUGAUGGACGAACGGUUGGAUGGCUGAACAGGGGUGUAAAUGACUUUGAAGCCAAAGGCCAAGUGAAGCGCACUCAAGGGUAUGAUCGAGCGAAUCACAAAUGGGCUGAUGUAAACGGUGACGGUGCUGUUGACUUCCUCUGGGUCGACAAGUUCAAUGGUGAUACCCAAGUCUGGGUCAAUAUGGGUGAUACUCCUACCGCUGGAUCCAGUUGGAAGUGGGAAUUGCUUGAUGGGCCUCGAUAUCAGGGAUCAGAUCGAGGAGCGAAUCUAUACUUCCCAAAUAUCGGAGGGUUAAGUCGUGCUGAUAUGCACAAUAUCAUCCCCCGAACCAACAUCGCAUACACCUGGUUCAACACAUGCCCUGGAAGUGAUAGCUCAGCUGUAGAUGACGUCGACCCGUCUACGAAUCCCAAUCUACCCGCAUACAUAGCUCCCGAUCAACCUAUAGCCACAGGCACCGUUCCCAUCCCGACGCCAACUCCCAAGCCAACAGACGCAACUCCCGAUGGUUAUUAUGAACAUUGGCCCGUGGAUGACGACAGUCUCAACCACCGCAUAUGCAAUGAUCUCGGUUAUCCGACCAAAAAGCUGUGGGGUGAAACUGAUGCUGGAAAUUGGUUGGUCACCACAGCCGGUUGGUAUCAAAAGCUUGCUCUCUCAAACGAUUUCAAUCUCAGUAAUAAUUGCGAGAUUGAGAAUUUAGACGAGCAGCUAAAGUGUGAGGAUGGUAACGUAUACAGGGUACAGGCUCUUCACGCCAUGCUCAACUUGGCACAAUAUUUCGUGCUCAUCAAGAACAGAAUGGAGUUGGCCUGGGGUAGCAUGAGCUUCAAGACCGCUGGGCUGGUCACAAAGUACUCAAAGACAAGUGAUGAAGAAACUAGUUUUGGUGCAGACUCGGGAGCGACUAUCGGCGCUGGGCUGGCAAGCAUAUUUGGUGCUUUCAUGCUAGGCCCUAUGGCAGGCAUCGCCGGAGGAGCAAUGACUAUUGGAGCCGGUGCCGUCGGCUCCCUGGCUUCAGUCAACCAAGCCAUGCUUGAGUUCUCCACGUAUGCAGAACUCGGCGACAAAGCGAGUGAUAUCAUGGACGGUACAUUCCAGGGCCUAGGCAGCUUCUUCGACGAAUACUUCCAUCAAGUGCCCCCAGCCGAUGCCAGUUGGGUCACUCAGCCCACGUCUAUCCCGCGUAUUCUGCUGACGGGCAAUUUUGCCUCGAGCGAUAUCCUUCGCGAAACAAGUGCCUCUGUGCCGCCGGCAGCUGACCUUAAAAAGUUCAUUGCUGCUCCUUUGAUCAAUAUGCUGUGGGCGAAGGACAAAAUCUUUAUUCUCAGGAUCGACAACACAUCCAUCAAGGAAGACUACUACGCCAAGAAUCGGAAACGUUACCAUCCAUGCGACGAAAAUGGAGAUUUCGAACCAGAUGCCGAUCUUACGGACAUGUUGUGGUGCAAUCCAGACGGCAGUGCCUUCCUUUUUAUGCAAGUGUCUGAGGUGUAUUCCAAGAAGCUCAUUCGCCCUAAAGGAAUUGAAAAUCUACAUGCUGACUAUGGGUUCAAUGCCUAUGACAUCGCCCGGUCUGCCUAUCUUGUAGCUAGGACGUCAAACGAAUGGAUGGCCAAGGUCAAGACCGAUAGCUACUUCAACUGGGUUCCCCAGAGAUCCGGUCCGGAUAUUCCUACUUGGCAGAUGAUGCGAUGGAAUUUGCCAGUUUGCGAUAUGGUGGACGGUUUAGCUCAGCCUUCAGGCGGAUGCACUCCUGGUUAUGCAUGGACACACUGCAUAUAUUCGCUCAUGGCGCUAUCGUGUGGUUUCACCCCAGGCUGGCCGAAAGACUAUACCUACAAUAGCGCCUAUGGGGAACCGGGAGAAGGACGGCCUUACACGAACGCUUUGAGUCCUGCCGAGGCAGUCUCAGCUAUUGGGGGUUGA